ACCUUAACCUCCCUGUUUAAUCAUCUCUUAUCCAUAUUGCUAAUUAAGAGGUUAGAGAGCUUCUCUUCGUCCAUGGCGUGCAUCAAACUAAAUCUCAACGUUGACGUCAACAGUUGCCUAAAAGGGCUGCAGGCGACGCUGCGACUACGCAGGCCAAAAUCUGAGAUCAAGCGACUGGAAAAGGAAAUGGCAAGAUUGAGAGGCAAAAGAGACGACAUCAAGAACCAAAUAGAUGAGGCGGAGCGUAAGGGGAAAAUUCUGACCAACGAAGUGAGCCAGUGGCUACGGGAGGUGGAGAUAUUGGAAGGCCAAGCGACUGAUAUCAAACAGGAUUUCCAAAGCAUGAGUUGCCUCAGUUGCAAUUGUUUCAAUCGAACUGGAGACACGUCGCGUAACCGAACAGAAGCUUUUGCUGUAAAUCUAGAGGACGAAGAAAACAGUACUACCGGUCAAACUCAGCAACCGGAAGAUCAUGUUUCCAUGAGAGAGUCAUCAAACUGCUGCUCCAUCAUCCAGAGAGCGGCGAAGAAGCUCAGCGAGGCUAAUGAAUUGAUGAGCCGAGCUGGUGCGCUAGUUCAGAUUGCCACAGUUCAGCCUCCAGAACCCGUCGUGAUGCUUCCCAUCUCACACCGGCUACCUGUUGGGAUUGAGUCGUAUGUGAAGGCAAUUGUGGGAUACAUCGAUGGUGGAAAAGAAAACAUCAUAGGCAUCUAUGGCAUGGGUGGUGUCGGUAAGACCACCGUAUUGAAGAGCAUCCAGCAAUACUAUCUUAACCAAAGCAAAUUUGACCAUGUCAUUUGGGUUGUGGCCUCCAAAGACUGCCAAUUGAAAAGGCUUCAGGAGGAGAUUGCCACGAGACUAGGACUGAUGACACUGCAAGAGAAUGACGAUGAAAAAGCUUGUGGCGAUAAGCUGUUUAUCUACUUGAAGAACAAGAAGUGUUUGUUGUUUCUUGAUGACAUUUGGGAACAAUUGGAUCUUCAGCUGUUGGGGAUGGCACACUCGGCUACUGAGCGAGGCCAGCAGCAGCCACGCAAAGUUGUGGUGUUCACAACCCGUAGCGAGACAGUAUGUGGACAAAUGACAACAACAACAAAAUUUAAAGUCAAAUGCCUGGAUCCAGAUAAAGCGUGGCAACUCUUUGAGCAGAAUAUCGAUGGGGAUAUUCUCAAAUCAGAUGGUGGAAUUAAGUUCGUUGCUCAAGAACUUGCUAAAGAAUGUGCAGGUCUUCCACUCGCUCUUAUAACCGUCGCCCGGGCUAUGUUAGGGAAAAGGUCUUGGGAAGUUUGGAACGACGCUCUUCAUCAAAUCAGAGAUAAACAUGAGUGGUCAACCAUUGGUCUUUCAAAGGAUUCAGUUGUAAUGUAUAAAGCCUUCAAGCUAAGCUACGAUAGCUUAGAAAAUGACUCCAUAAGAGAAUGUCUUUUGUGUUGCUCUUUGUGGCCUGAAGAUUAUGAAAUCGAUAAAUUUGAAGAGUUGAUACCGUGUUGGAUAGGUUGCGGCAUAAUCAAUGAAUUUAAUGUAAUCAAUGAAGCCUUCACUAAGGGAUGCUCCCAUUUGGAAGCUCUCAUGGCUGCAUCCUUGCUAGAGCACUCUAGUGAGGAGUAUUACACGGAGAAAUAUGUAAAGAUGCAUGACGUCAUCCGAGACAUGGCAUUAUUGAUGGUCUCUGAGCUAAAGAGGAGCAAAAGAAAAUGGAUUGUAAAAGCAGGAACUGGGUUGAGUCAUUUGCCUAGACAAGAGGAAUGGCAAGAAGCAGAGCGAGCAUCAUUCAUGAGGAAUAAGAUUACAUCUUUGCAAGAGUAUGGAGCUUCCACUUUUCCAAAACUUUCUAUGUUGAUUCUCAGAGUUAACGAUUGUCUGACAAUUCCUCGGAGUUUGUUUGCAAGCAUGCCACGUUUAACAUACUUGGAUCUCUCUAAAUGUCGUAUUUCAGAGCUUCCAAUGGAGAUUGGUACCUUAACCGAUCUUCGAUAUUUAAAUUUGUCCGACAAUCUCAUUAGAACUUUACCGGUCGAGUUUGGCUGUCUCAGCAAAUUAGAGUACUUGCUUUUAAGGGAUACCAAGCUUAAGAUUGUACCCAAUGGGACAAUAUCCAAUUUAUCAAUGCUCAAGUGGCUGGAUAUAAGAGGAGUUUUCACAAUACGUGACUGGUGGUUGAAUGAGCUGGACAUAAGAGGAAUGCAUCCUAUGUUUGAGUGGUGGUGGGAUGAGUUGAAAUGUUUAAAAGGACACCAUCAAUUAAGUGUGGGAAUUGAUAUUAAUGCAACAACAGCUAACAUUGAGCGACUGAAUAUGUUAUCAAAUGUCUCCAUAUGGGACCUCACUAUGGAUGGAGAGAAUAUUUCAGAACUUCCAAACCUCGAUCUGGGCACUCCACAAUGGUGCUACAACAUAAGUGACAACCUCGAGUCUCUAACUAUUCUAAAUGUUGCAGUAGACAAAUUAAUGCUGACUGCAAGAUGUUUAAAGACUCUGCAUUUUUCUGAACUAAAACUAUUGGAAAAGGUUUCAUUGAAUGGAGUUGGGGUCUACAACCUUCGUGCACUAUAUAUUUAUGGAUGCUGGAUGUUGAAGGAUGUUUCUUGGGUUCUACAACUGCCGCACCUUAAUCUUCUAGUGAUAAGUGAAUGUCCUGGAAUGAAGAAUCUAAUAAGUAACUUCGGGAACUCCAACUCUAGCUCUAACAUCCGGAGGUUGAGUUUGUUUUUCAUGUUGAACCUCAAUUGCAUUACAGACCAACCACUCCAUUUUCCCUACUUGGAAUAUAUGCAAGUGCGUGCGUGCCCAAGGUUCAAAAAACUACCAUUUGGAGCUGAAAUAUUGAAGAGCAGAUUAAGAGAAAUUCAUGGUGAUCAAAUUUGGUGGAACAACUUAGAGUGGGAUGAAGAGAACAACAAGAAUUCCCUCACUCCUUAUUUUAUUCCUGAUUCUAGACGGCGACUGUGGCGACAGUCUGGUGGCGAAGGUGGCGGCGGCGGCAAUGGCGACUGCCAUGGUGAUGACAACAGUCUUGAGAACUCUGAAGGUUCCUAAAAUCUAAUGGUGAAUUCCACAAGUUCGAUGAUUGUCUGUCAACAAUUUCAAAGGCACAAAAAAUAUAUCUGUGAGCCCGGAUCCACUAUCAAUUUUGAAAAGAAGCGUAGGCCUUUUGGGCAAAGAGGCUGCAGGGGUGCUUAGUGUUGUAAUCGUCGUGGACGGUCAGAUUGUUGAAUUCUUUGGCUGGUUCGAUAUGUAUCUAAAUGUGAUCGAUGACUCCUAGUUAGCUAGUAAA